CAGUACUGAGUACAGUACGUGUGUAGCUCUAUAAGAUGACAACAAUAAAAUUUAAGAAUUAGCCCUUCCCAAACUUCAUAUGACAGGUGCGAGACUGGUGAAAUAGAGCUCUGUUGAAAAUGUCAUCCUUUCCAUCAGUUCCGGAGUUCUAUGCGGGUCGUGGAAUAUUUAUCACAGGGGGUACAGGGUUUCUCGGUAAAGCGUUGAUUGAGAAGUUGCUUAGAUCCUGCCCAGAUAUCAAGGCUCUUUAUCUGAUGAUUCGUCCUAAAAAGGGCAAAGAGUGUCAAGAACGCCUUGAAGAAAUCUUUGAAUCAACGCUGUUUGAUAAAGUCCAUAAACAGUACCCUGAGUUCAAAGCAAAAUGUAUUGCUGUAGAGGGAGAUAUAGUGAAAGAUGGCCUGGGAAUUAGCCAGUCAAAUAUGGAGAUGCUAGCACGAGAAGUUUCUGUGGUGUUUCACUCAGCGGCAACAAUCAAAUUUGAUGAAGAAAUGAAGUUGUCAGUCGAGAUGAAUAUAGUUGGGGUACAGCGAAUGCUGGAGCUAAGCAGAAAACUACCCAAACUUAUAUCAUUUGUACAUAUCUCGACUGCCUAUGCAAACUGUAAUAUAAUGGAGAUUAAGGAAGAAAUAUAUCCACCACCACUACAACCCAAACAGCUCCUUAGUGCAGUAGGGUGGAUGGAUGCAGAAACACUUGAUAUAUUGACACCAAAGAUGGUUGGUAGCCGGCCCAAUACCUAUACAUACACAAAGUCUAUAGCUGAGGCUCUGCUGAAGGAAAGUGCCGGUUCCCUACCUGUUGCUAUUUUUAGACCAUCAAUAGUAGGUGCAACAUACCAGGAACCAAUAGCGGGUUGGGUAGACAACCUGAAUGGACCAACAGGACUUUUUGCUGCGAUUGGCAAAGGAGUGCUGCGUAUCAUGAAAGGAGAUUUCAGUGCGACCGCUGACAUCAUUCCUGUAGAUCUAGCAACAAAUAUGCUCAUUGCUGUAGGAUGGUACACAGCUAUACACAAACCAGAUGCAUUGAAGGUGUUUAACUGUACAUCAGGACAAAUAAACAGAUUUACAUGGGGACAGAUGGAGAGAAUGUCAUUUGAAUAUUUCAUGAAAAAUCCUCUAGAAAAUGUGGCAAGAAUUCCAAAUCCAAGAUUUACCAAGAGUGUACUAUGGCAUGAUAUGAACGUGAUAUUUGACCAGAUAUUGCCGGCAUACAUGAUGGACUUCUACAUGUGGAUAUCUGGUAGAAGAAGAAUGUUUGUGAGAAUUCAGGGCAAGUUACAAAAGGCCGUCAGUAGUCUAGAGUUCUUCACCUCUAAAGGUUGGACAUUUUCUAAUGAUAACAUGUUCAUGUUGGAAAAAGCUUUGUCAGCAGAAGAUAGAAAGACUUUCACAUUCAAUCCGAAAACAAUUCAUUGGCCGACAUACAUGGAGGCCUUUUGCCUAGGAACAAAGCGUUUUGUAUUGAAAGAAGAAUUGUCACAGCUACCACAUGCAAGGAAAGCUCUUCUCAGGUUACAAAGACUGCACCUAGCAUUCAACAUACUCGUGUUUGUCAUUGUCUGGAGAUUACUAGUGAAAAGAGUGACAGUAGCACGCCUCUUGUGGAACAUGGUUCUAGGAUGGGCAUCAAAAAUGCUGCAAAAAUUUCCAGGUUUUGCCAAGUCAACAUAACAGCAACAGCAGUAUUGUACUGAGUGAACCAACAUAACGUCAGGGAAAAAAUCAACCUCUAUAUAUUAGAAAAUGUGUAGAUUUGACGUUCUUAGUAACUUUAUGCAACAUUCGUCUUGACUUCUUCAGGUGCCAGUGAUGUCUUCAAUUUUAGCUUAAAAAAGUGAUUCAUUUGAACAAAAAUCUAAAAAAGGAACUUUUGUUAAUAUCCAUAUGUUAACAUUGGCCUUGUAUUGUUAUAAAGAGUUUCUUAAUCAGUUGAUUUUUAGCAAAAGAAAAAUGUGGUGAAUCUGCUAGACAUUAGGAACUUCCAUUUGUAAAAAUCUUAGAAAUAAUUAAUUAGCAGACACACUUAAGUUUUUUUUCAUGGAAUUGGAUGCAUAAGAUUAUGGUUAAACAUGUUUUACAAUGUCAGUUAGGUUAUGUGUCCGUUUAUUAGAUUUUAUGUAUUUUCAAGUCAGUUCAGUCAAUAUACAAGUGUUCUUAUUAUAUAGAAUUUCAAGCUCAAGUGUGUCAUGUAUUUAUUUCUGUAGUGAAAAGAAUAUAAAUCAAAUUUUUAAGUUACACAUUAAUUUACAUUUGCAUGUUGUAAUUUUGAGCACUGAACAAAAGAGGUUUAUUCCUAAUAAAUAUUUGGCAUUAUUAAGAAUGACACCAUUCUGUGGGACAUUUUGUCCAGCCCAGUUUUGGGCAGGUUUUUUUUUAAAAAGUGUGUGUAAUAUUCACCGUUGAACAUCCUUCUCAGUAAACUAUAUUUAUCUCGUCAAAUUUUCGUACAUUCAGUUUCAACUUAUUCUAGUGGUAAUUAUUAUUCAUGGCUAAACGAACUGAAGUAUGAUAUUGUUACCCUCAGUAGUUUGCAAGCCAUAUAAUCAGUUUACUGAAGUUAUGUUUAAAACAAUUUGUUCUUUUCUACGCCCCUUUUGGAAAAUCAGGACAUGCGUCCAUCAUAUUUUGUGUCCAGAGCAUAACUUGAUAAACCAUUCAAAAUAUUGACAUAUAGGUAGAUGACAAUGAGUAUGUUUAGAGAGCAUGAAUCAUAUCAAAAGGGUCAAGGUCACAAAUUGCACUCAAAGGUCAAAUCUUUCUGUCCUGUUUCAUGUCCGAAGCAUAAUUUGAUAACCAUUCAAGAUAUUGACUUCAAACGUGGUAUAUGUAAGUAGGUGAUGGUGAGACAAUGUGUUCAAUGCAGGAAUAGGGUUGGUAAGUCUAAGGUCAAGGUUGCACAUUGAGCUCAAAAUGUCAAAUCUGUCAUUUCAUAACCCCCCCCCCCCCCCCCCCCACCCCUACCAUCCACACACAAAAUCACUUAAAUUUCUUGUGCCUUAGAAUCCUGUCACUGCCAUGACAAAGAAGCCUGUCCUCUCUGCUGCACACACUCCCCAGCCCUCCAUCAUGCACACACACACAAUUCUUUAAAUUUUACUUCCUCCUCCUUCGUUGUAAAACUUCAGGUAUAUAUUGCCCUGCUUUGCAGAGCUCUUGUUUAAUUAUAUCUCCAGACAGGUUUAAUGUUAGGCUCACAUGCGUUAAAACAGUUCUGGUAACCAGAGUAGCAUAGUUAUCCAUAGAGUUAUGUAACAUUAUGACAUCAGAUUUGCUCAAAGUUACACUCUGUUGUUGCGUAGGUAUUUUGUUAUGUAUUGUACAUACAAAUUAAGAUUGAAGUUAAAAACACUACAGGUUUGAUUCUCUUUUAACAUUUCUUUGCCAGAAACUUACAUUUUGCCUAUGUUUAUGACAGAAUUGUACUUAUUUAAUCCACAUACACAUGAUUAAGCUAAACUGUCACAGUGAUAAUAGGUUGUUAUAUCUCAGUAUAAUAUAAACAUUUCUCCCUAUAUGUCUAUUAAAUAAGUUUAUAUUUAUAUAAUGAUAAUAGUACACUCUAGAUUAAGGACAGUGUUUAUUGUAUCUGUGAUAUUUUAUAUUUUAUAAUUUUUCCUUUUUUUUCUUCUUUUUUUUUACUUAGAUAUUCAUUUGUUCCUUUAUUACAACACAGUUUACAUUAUCCAAAUAUUUAUGCAUGAAAAAAAACAACAGAAUAUAUUUAUAAGAGAUAUGAUUACUUACUAGACACAAUAUGAUAUGUUUUACCAGAAAAUGACAUGGCAAAACCUUUAAGACAAGCACAGCUUUUGUUUUGGAAAUUUUUGCCUGCACAGUUAGCUCAACAGGUUGAUGGCAAAACUUCCAACUGAGAUGAUUGAAUCCCAGGCGAGGCAAAUGCCUUAUUAAAUGUUUUUUUUUAGUGGUUAAUAUAAAAACCUGUAUAGCAGUAGAUAUCACAGUUUCAAGCUAUGAGAUUAUCAAAAGGAUAAUUCACUGUUAUGGAACUGCGCUCUGGUGGGGAAAGUAUUAUAAUUAUAAAUAAUUGUAAAUUCUUAUCAGAACUGUUCUUCAACAGAGACAAAGAUGUACAUAAUUAAUGCCACCAAUAACAAAAAAAGUAAAAUGCCACCAUAUUGAAAUGUAAAAGAAAUCUGUAGUUUUAUAGAAACAUUGUUAUGUCAAGUUGUUGUGCGUUGCAUGAGUAAAAUGGGCAGUAUUUGGUUAAAACCAUAAAAAAGACAUAAACAUGAAUGAAAAUGAAAAUGUUUGUUUAACCUGUAAGAUCAAAAAACAUCUUCAAAUCUGGAACACCAGAUGUAACAUUUUCACGGAUAGCUAUGCCACUAGUGAAAAUAUUGCAUCUGAUGCUCACUGGAAAGACUCUUUGAGAGUUACACUGAAACAAACAAAUAUCCUUGAUCUGUAGUAUGGUUGCCUAAAAAAUACAAAUAGGUUCUGAGUUCACAUUCAGCAGUUUUAAUGACUUACAGGUAAUAAAUUAAUAGUGAAAGAAGUGUGCCAGAUGUAAACUGAAAUACAGUUCAGAAUGGCCCUAAAGCAAACAAAAACAAAUUUUAAAAUCUAUUUAAUCUAUGUAACACAUGUGAGUGAAAUUUGCAGUAAUAUUUUCAGAUUAACACAAGAAGAAUUGUGAGAAAACUUGAAUUACAUUUCAUCUUGCAAUAUAUUUUGUAGUGCUUGACAUGUUCUAUCUGCUGUGUAUACAUGUCUGCUGUAUCUAUGCUAUGGUUAAUUAGUUGUAGGAUAUUUUAUAUUUCCGAGUCAUCACCACGAAAAGGAGUUUUUUUCUAAUUAUUUUUUUUCUAGAUUUAUUUAUGUUGAUAUCCUAAAGUGUACUAAUUUUGUUGUUUAUUUGAUAGAAAAUAAAGCAAGUACGUCAGAAAA